AAUUUGAAAAUAUCGGCACAUAUCGAACUAAAUUCUAUCAAUUGGUCAUAGAUCGUUAUCCUGAUGGGACCAUUCUAAUGCUUGAUGAAGCUAAAGAUACUGAUAGGACUUAUGGAAAUUCCAGCAUUUUUGUUAACAGCGUUAGAUUACUUCAUCCAAACAAAACUAUAAAUUAUUUGUACGCUUUUACCAAACUGUGCCCAUAUAUAAAUCAAAAUUGUUUUAUUAAAACAAUCAUACCAUUUAAAGCAAAUCAUGUUCUAAUGAUUUACAUAAAUGAGCUUAGCCAAUACAAUGUAGUGAUAUCGGACUGGUCCGACAAGGUUAUUUUGCAAGAUACAUCGAUUAAAUUAUCGAACUUUGAAAUUGGAACUCCACAAAUCAUUCAAAAUAAUUUUUACGAUGAAUAUAGGUCAUUAUUUUUAGUCUCCGAAGGAAAUAAUUUGUUUUAUAAAGAAUACAAUUACAAACAAGAUGAUGGCCAAUUUGUUAUAUAUCAAGAAGGGAAUAUUACUUUUGAACCAAAUUUAAUAGUAUAUACGGAUAUCUCAUUUUCGACAAAAGAAGGCUAUGGAAUUAUAUCUUACGUCCAUGAUAGAAAUUAUUUCAAUGGGGUGAAUCCAACGUAUCUUACAUUAAUACAAACCGAAUUAAAUGCAAAUAAAAUGAGUCAUCUUAAUUUGACCAAAGUGACUUCAACGUUCAUUAGGAAAACAACAUGUAAAGCUGAUCUGAAAAUCAAUUAUAAAUAUUCUUGCUUGAUACUAUCGAUCGAUCAGCAAUUUAUAUUGGCGGAAAUCGAUUAUUUAACUUCAAUUAAUGAUUUUGAAGUCAAAACGAAAAAUUUAACAAUUUAUAUUGAUUACGAUUCUGCCCUUAUUGAAUUUCCGGCCUCGGGAGUUGAUUUUAUGAUAUUUUUUUACUUACGAGCAUCAAAAUCAAUAAACGUGGUAUUAUUUAAUGCUAACGUUAAUGAUUUUAUAACAUCAGAAUUUUAUGGAGGGUCUUUGAACUUUUAUUCUCAUUCUGGAGGCGCUAGAAGGAUCCUUCAUGAUAAAGAAUUAAUAAUAGCAGCCGAUAUUGAUGAGCAUACAUGGAAUUUACAAUCUAUAAACAUAUCCCAGUUUAUUCCUGAAACUAAUAUGCUUAAUAAUCUUCAUAUUAAAAAAACUUGGCCCUUAUGGAAUGAAAGCAUUUAUAUUGAUACAAAUAUGAUAAACAUCACUUUUGUCCAUCCAAUCGAGUUAACGAAUAAAGAAGUAUAUGCAUCGAUUUAUCUUUAUAAUGAUGGGGAGUAUAUGUUACGUCAAAGAUUUAAAUGCAUAAGCCCUGAAUGUACUCUUAGCAAAGAUAGAUAUUCUUUAAAUAUGACUAUUAAAGAGACAACUUUUAGUAUCCCUGAAAUGGUCUAUCAUAUUGAAAUAGGUGAUGAAUUUGCCGAAUUUAGAAAUAUUAAUCAACUUCUACCUGGCAUCAAAAAAGAAGAUUGGCCUAUACGCAUCUUAUCUAAUGAACUUGAACCAAAACCUAAAUCGAAGUUAUCUGAUCAAACACCUGAAUUCACUAUUGGGUCCAUACGUUUAAACGUUAUGGGUACAAACCAUUUUAAGAAGUUGAAUGAUGUUGAAAAAGAAAAUUUCAUCGAACAGAUGAGAAUAGAAAUUUCAAAAAGUAUUCCAGUCGAUGGCCAAAGAAUUACUUAUUUAAAGCAUUUCGCUAAAUAUAAAGAAAAUGCACUUUUUAUUGCAUUUAAAAUACAUCCCCCAAAUGAAAAUAAUUUUAACAAAAAAAGUUCAAAAGAUGUCUUUAUGGAUUUUGUUAAAUUACUUGAAGUUAAUGACUUUACGACAGCUUUAGAUAUUUAUAAUAAUACACGGUUUAUCGAUAAAAAAUUUGGAUUUGAACCAACAAGUAAUCGAUGGGAGGAGAUUAAAAUGAUUGUGCAAAGCUACUUUGAUCCAAUAACCAUAGGACUUAUCGUAUCACUCGCUUUCCUGUUGACUAACUUGUAUUUUUUUGGUAGAUAUAAAAAUAGAAUGGGAUGCAAUGCGAUCGUAUUUAAAGCUGCUCUUAUUAUUCUCGAUAUUGUAAACGAUAUUUCAUUUAUUGUAACAAAUGAAGAAUAUUUGCAAAAGUUAUUAAUUCCAAGCAUUGUGUUUAUCAUUUGUCCAAUUCUUAUAAAUACAUGCUUAGCUUUUUACAUAUUCAUAUUUGAGACAAGAAAGAAUCCUAAAUUUGCUGAUUGGUUUAGAGAGAAUUCGAAAUUAGCCGCGAUAAUCACAUUAUUUAGUUCGGGAAAUAUUGAACUACUUCAUUUGAUUGAUUCCAAUUAUGCAGGAUAUAAAUUAUUUUCUGCUCCAUUUUCUUCAAAAGCAUUAUGUUGGAUAUUUUGGGGUGGUUUUUCGAAUAUUCUUAUUGAAGACUUACCGCAACUAAUAAUUCAGAUAAUAUAUGUCGCAUCUUGUAAAAAAGGAUAUAAUAUAUUUGCUUUAUCAGCUUUGGUUACCGGAUUUGUAAUAUUAUUAAUAGAUGUAAUCGGUUUUAUUUAUGAUUUUAUUGCAAAGAGACAGAAUAUGUAUUGA